CUGUUCACACAGAUUCUAAAGCUUUGAUGAUAAAAGUGGAGGUCCAAAUCUCACAGGGCGACAGUGGAGCAUUGACUGGUCUUUUAUAACUUGUGAUUGUGAAGUCAGAGCUGCUUUGCAUGGUGGAAGAUACCACCUGCAGGAUUAUGUUGGAAAUGAGGAGGAUUUCUCUGACCAGCAGCUCUGUGAACAGAGGAAUUCCAGUUCGGGUCAAGAGGAACCAGAACCUAUUCAGAUUAAAGAAGAGCAGCAAGAACCAGAACAUCCUUGGACCAAAGAGGAAAUCGUGGAGCUCCCCAUUAGUGAGCAGGAAGAGCAGCUUGUUCUGAAGCACGAUAAUGAAGAUACAGAGGAGAAACCUUUUCCAUGUUUGACAUGCCAGGAAAUAUUUCUGAAAAAAGAACAUUUAAUAGAUCACAUGAGAAAUCACACAGGUCUUAAGUUUUGUGAAUGUCUGUACUGUGGAAAAAGCUUCACUCAGAAAGCUGAACUUGAUAAACACAUUAGCGUUCACACAGGUGAGAAGCCUUUAGAAUGUUUGUCCUGUGGGAAGCGUUUCAACUUUAACUCUGAACUUAGUAAGCACAUAAGAACUCACACAGGUGAAAAGCCUUUCUCCUGUACAAUUUGUUACAAAAGUUUUACGCAAAAAGUUCAUUUGACUUCUCAUAUGAGAACUCACACAGGUGAGAAGCCUUUCAAAUGUCUUUCCUGUGGAAAAAGCUUCAGCUCUCAGUCUGAUCUUAAUAAGCACAUACGAAUUCACACAGGUGAGAAGCCUUUUGAAUGUCUGUCUUGUGGAAAAAGCUUCAGCUGUCAGUCUUAUCUUAAUAAGCACACACGAAUUCACACUGGUGAAAAGCCUUUCAAAUGUAUGUAUUGUGGAAAAAGCUUCACUAGUCAAUCUUAUCUUAAAUCACACAUCACAAUUCACACAGCCGAGAAGCCUUUCAAAUGUCCGUCCUGUGAAAGAAGCUUCAACUUUAGGUCUGAUCUUAAUAAGCAUAUAAGAAAUCACACAGGUGAGAGACCUUUCAAAUGUCUGUCCUGUGAGAAAAGCUUCAGCUUUAAGUCUGAUCUUGAUAGGCACAUAAGAAAUCACACAGGUGAGAAGCCUUUCAAAUGUCUGUCCUGUGAGAAAAGCUUCAACUUUAAGUCUGACCUUAAUAAACACAUAAGAACUCACACAGGUGAGAAGCCUUUCUCCUGUAAUGUUUGUGAUAAAAGUUUUACUCAAAAGAGUAUGUUGACUAGGCACAUGAUGACUCAUGUGAGAAACAUUUUUCCUCCAUGACAAAUUAAACAAAUCGAAAAAUGAGAGAUUUGUUUCAUAUAACAAGUCAAAGCAAUUAGAUCCCACAGGAAUGAACAGCAGAGGCCUUUUCCAUGUUAGACUUCGGAUAAAAUGUCCGUGUAGAAACUCCUUCUCCUCAUUACAUGAGAAACUCACAAGUUAAAGCCUUUUUCUAGCUUCUAGGGAAAAUGUUUCAAUAACAGUAAAAGCAAUUUCUACUCUAACAAAUGUCUUUUUCUUGCAUUAUCUUCUGUGGUGGAUGUUUCCUAUUUGUGUAAUUACUACUACUUGAUGUGACAAACAUAAAUAAAAACCACAUGGAUUUAAAUAAGUUAAAAACAAUCAUUUUCCAUGUUUUCUCUAUUUAUUAGACAAAUUCUGUAAUAUAAUUUUGUAAACGUAAUAAAAUGUACAGAGGACGACUAACAUGUCUUCAAUAUUUCUUUGUGUACAUUUGGUGAAUUUACUUAUUUCAGAUAUAGACAAAUUAGUUUCUACAUGUUUGAGAAAGAAAGUGUUGAACCAUCACUGGUAUUCAAGCCAGGAUCAAUUAAGGGAAAGAUCUUUUCGCAUAAUUACGAGAUAAUAUAUAAUUAUGAGAUGUCAUCUUUAGGAGAUCAGGAAAGACAUUAAUUUAGGAUUCAAAUUUGAAUUGAGAAUGCUUCCUGGAGAGGUGGUGAAAUGUCUUCUAAUCUUGAAAACCAAGUCCAGUGGAUAUUUUUUGAAUUUUUACGGGAUGACUCUGACCUGGAUGACAGAGAACCUUCAUCAGCAUUAAUUUAGGAUGUAUGCUACAUGAAACGUGAAUAAUAAGUAGGUUGUUGGAUUUCAUAUGCUUUUAUUUACUUUUAGGUAUGCGACACUUGGAAAUGGAAGUAGUUUUAGUUUGUCAGCAUUGAGCAGGUACCUUAAGUCCUUAGGACUGUUUAGGCGAAAAAGCCUAAACUGACUUUCUGGGAGUUGCACUGCUCCUGCAGAAUCAAUUAAAUCAGCACGGGAUGCUUUAUGGCUAUAAUUUAAUGCAUCUGAAAUGCCAAAUAACUGUCUGGUACCUUUUCAAAAUCCUUUCUGAGUACAUUCAGCAUGACACCUCAUCCUUUUUUACCCAAAACGGUUUCUAAUAUUAAAGAGCUUUCUGAACAAAACACAAAGAUUUAAGUUUUCCAAAGGCAGAAGCAUGUAGAAAAAAACUUUUUGUCUAGCUGAAUAAAACAUAAAUUUUUCUAAAGGAAAUACUCGUGCUCGUUGUCCUACAUUUAUCUGGGUGACGGGGCAGUGGUCUCAGCAGAGACUCCCAGACUGCCCCUGGGGCCUCGGAUCACUGGGGCCCGGGACUGGAUUCACUUCGGGGUGGGGCCGGGUGUUGUUCUGGGAUUGUUGGUGCAGGUGCCGGUGCCUUCGCUUCGAUGCCGGUUCCUGGGCGGUGCUUUUUCCGAUGCUGGUCUUGUGGUACCGGUUUGGAGGGGAGGGGAGCUGCACGGCAUGGUGAGGUGCGGGUCUUGGGUUUUGUUCUGGGCUCUGGUUUUUCCGCUUGCAUUUCUCCUCUUGC